AGCGGAACAGAGGGAGAGAAGAAGAAAGGAGGAGGAUAAGGAAAUAAGAAGACCCUCUUGGGUUCGGGAAGGCUCGAUCAGACGUAGCGAUAACAAGUGCAUCCAUCAACCUCUCGGAUACGAACGUUGGGCUGAUAACAAACUGGUGGGGUAGGAAAAAGUAGAGGAAAUAUCCAAGGUCCAAGUAGAGGAAGCUUUCAAUAGAAGAAGAGAUAUCAGAAACAGUGAGCUGUCGAAAUUUCCAGGUUUUUUCAAUUCAGUGAUGGCACCGAAGGCUGUAUCAAGAGGAACAAAAAGAAUGUUAGGAUAUGGUGAUGUUGAGGGCCAUGAUCAUCAAGAGAAAAUUCAGCAAACCUGCAGUACUCAAAACUCUGUUGGAACAAUAACUGAAUCUGAUGGCAAUGAAUUCGUGAGGUCAGAUCAAGGAGAUCAAAGAGGUGGAAAACAGUAUCUCAUGUACAAACUGCUAGAGCAUCAAACAGUUUGCGUGAAGAUGACAGACAAAAUUCUACUUUAGUCGUGUGCAGAGAUUCAUUAGUUGGUACAGCCUUAACUAUUCAUAAUGCAAUUACAGAAGGUACAUUUUAUAGAGACUUAAUUCCAACAAUAAUUUCUGGUACAUAUACUAUAGGAUGGUUUUCCUUAUGAAUAGUGGAUUGUCGGUUUUGCUCCUACCUCCUAUCUGUUCUUACGAAUUGCCCCUGCCUACUCUUUUGUGUGAUUACCCUGUCCGGGUGUUACAUAAACCCUGGGAAAGCCUCUGUUUCUUUCUCUUUUCUUCUGCAGCUUUCAAGUUUUGAGCUGCUGAACCAAAACAGAGCUCGCAGCGAUGAAGACCGAGACGACGGCGUUUGAAAUCAACCUGGUUAAUCUCAUGGCUGUUGACCUUCAUCAUCAAUUUCCCUCUAACCCUUCUUCAAGGGAGGAAUUAAUGAAGGAAUGUAUUGCAAGGUGAUCAUGCUGUAAGUCAUGAUAGUCAAAGGGAUAUGCGUGCGAGAAAUGUGUAACGAUUGGAUUUUUGCUGCCGCUGUAACUGAAAGUUCUUUCCCCUGAGAAAUGUGGGUUUUUGGAAUGGGAGGUGGGAGACCGUCAAGAGCAAAUUGGAGAAUCCAGAGAGGAUCAAUGUCACCCCUAAUCGCGUGUUCACAUCUGUUGAGAAGAGAGAGAGAGAGAGAGAGAACGAAGAGAGCCGAGUGAUGUGAGUAGAAGAAGAAGAAGAAGGGAUUUCGAAUCACAAACAAAUCCUCUCCAUAACUCCUUCUUCCAUAAAUCUUUCUCCUCCACUGUUAUUCAAGUCGACAUGAGUGCAUCAUUGUCGAUUUCGAGCAAAUUCAUCAGAGAGAGAGGAAGAAGGGAGAAAAGAAGAGGAGGGGGACGGGAAGCUCUCAGGGAAAUCAUCAGCCCGGGCAGUCCAACCCGAAGUUGUUGGUGGCCGUCCAGCAGGUGUGGAGUUUUCUGCAGAGAUUCAUGACUUUGUAGUUGAGGAUAAAGCCAAGUUUAAAGAUGAUGUAUCCAUUACUAUAAUAGAAGCAAGCUCUCAUAUUUUGGACAUGCGAGUAAGACAUAUACAUUUCUGUAAUUGAAGAAUCCUAAUAUUGAUGACUGGAUACUUGAGUGAUGCAACUAUGGCUGAGGAUGCCUUAUCUAUUUGCAUGACUAUAAUGAUUGGGAGCUCAUAUUUCCUUUAACCUUCUUUGCGGGGACAGGUGUGUUCCCUUUGUGUUUGUGGUCAUACUGAUUGAUGUCUUCACUUACCAAUCUCAUUGACGGCUUUUGCAGAAGCAGGAUAUAGGACUCUACAUAUUGGCUGUUUGCCAUUGCUUUUUGCACUCUGAUCGGUUUGGUUUGUUUCCACGUGGCUCUGUUUGCUUGCUCCACGAAUUGAGAGAUCAAGAAGGAUCGGAGAGCCAGAAAGGAUCGAGAGCACACAGGUGUGUUUCUUUGCUUUCCGAAGAGAGAGAGAGAGAGAGAGGAGUUAUUCAGGAUCGAGAGAGUGCAGGGGGAGAGGUUUGGACUGGAAACAAAGAAAACGACGUAUCUUGGUAUUAUUGCUGUGGUGUGGCUGCUCUGGUUUUUGGAUUCAAGAAGUUACCUGAAGUGGGUUGGAGGGCGAAGAGGGUCUCAUCACUGAACGGUACUGUUAAUCUCAGGUUGAAGAAGAAGUGUUGCUGGGUUUGGGAUUUCAGUGGUUGAAGAAAACAGAAGAAGCAUUGCUGGGUUUGGGAUUUCAAUGAUUGAUUGGGAGAGGUUGAAGGUUUUGAUUUUCGGUCUGCACCGGAGUGAUUGACAUCAAAGAAGAAAGAAUUUUAUCAUUAAAUACUUGCCAAGGCUGUAGCGCAUUUCUUUCGAUUGAAGUUUCUGGUCAUAACUUGGUCAGAGUAGCUCCUAGAGACAGCACUUGAAGAAUGCAGUCAUGAUUUGGAUUCGGCUAUCAGAAGUUUGAAUAAGCUACGCUUAAGUUCUGUUGCAAAUAAAUCUGGUACAGCCUCAGAAACAAGUGUUUAACCCCAUGCACAGGGUGCGCUAGCAGCAAAUGGAGAAGCUUCUGGUAAUGAUGAUCUAUCAGGUCAAAAGAACCUGCUCACGCAAGAAGUUUCCUACCUUCAUAUGUAAGAAACUUUCUUGGUAGCAGAUCUGAUCCAUGUCCAUGGAUCUGCAGAUGAGUCCACUUCAGUUGAAGAUGCAUUUGAGUCUGCCAAUGAAUUAGAUCAGUGCUAAACCCCCAUUGUAGAAACUUGAUACCACCUUGGUUAAAAUACCAGAGGAAAAGAAAAGAAGAAGAGGAGGAAGAAGAAGACGAGGGAGACGGGAAAAAGUUGAUGCUCGAUUUGAACAGAAAUUGAGUAAAUUGAUCAUCCCAGGUAUGACAAAUCUGCUCUGGCUUUUCUUCAAGAAAGUUGGAAAAAUAGGUAUUGCAAUGUCUAGGAUGGUGAAGAUGCUGUUUGCAAGGAAAGAAAUGAGAACACUAACGGUGGGUGCUUGAUGCUACUGGUAAAACCACCAUCCUCUACAAGCUCAAACUUGCACAAUUGGUACUAUCCACUACUCCACUUGGGAUUUUCAAUUUAUUGUCUAUGUUUUGUAUUCCUGCAACUUCUACCUGUGUCUUAUUUUAGUUGUCGUCCAUUUUGUUUAACUUUUUGUCAACCUUUAAUGGCUUAUAUUACAAUGUUAUUUGUUCAUGAGUUGAUGUCUUCUAAGAGUGAAUACAUAACAGUAGCAAUAUGCCUUUGAAAAUCCAUUUUUUGCAUUUUUUUCCUGUCAUUUGAACUAAAUUUGCCAUCUAACCAAUAGCUAGCUUAGCCAUUCUUGAUAGACAAUUGCAGAAUCUGUUGGUGAUUGGUUCUUUAAUUGAAAUGUGACGAAGCAUAUUGGUUGUUAGUUUCCCUGCAAUCCAGUCUGCUAUCGUCACAGUGCUGCAUAAAGUUGAUCGAACUUGAGAACAGUUCCAGCAUUUGAAGGGGGUUAUACCCUGGUGGAAAUCUUCCUUUCCCGUCCAAGACCAUGAGUUGUUAAGAAUGAAGAUCUAUUAGCAUUUUGGUGAAAAUGGAGAGCUUCGAAGCCAUUUAGAAGCAGGAAGGAAUCAUUGAAGCUUACUAUGGAGUCAUGAUUGCUUGGGUUGAUCUUGGAGUUGAAAUCCCACUCGAACAGAUUUUUUAGUCCAAGAGGAAAUAAUCCAAGUGUGUGGGCAGCUAAACAAUCAAGUAUUUGUAGCUUCUCAACUACUUGAAUCAAUGAUUGAAUACCCAACCGCAACGCAUGCUGAGAUACCACUCUCAAUUUUACUAAUGAUACUGAUAACAGGGGAAGAUUAACUUCCUCUAUGAUGACUUAAAAGGCAGUGCCUUGAUGAAUAAUAAUCUCCUCUCCUCUGCCCAUCAGAAAAGAAGGUUUUUCCUCACGUUGGUGUUGGAUUGGACAGUCAGUGCGAUGAACCAGUUUCAAAGAAAUCAUGUUUUUCUCCAUGGACUGCCCACAAUCAAUUAGAGCUAUUAGAUUGCAAAACACUAAAAGAUAUCUUAAAGAGAACAUGCCUAACUUGAAAACUUUUACCUAUGAACGAUUGGAUCGGUUAAAAAGAACCACCACCUUCACUGAAUGUGAAGUGAGAACGUGAGAUUGAGUCAGUAAUGUACAAGUGAAAGGAAAAUAUUUAACCUGUGAAUGUUCCUUUUUGUCUUUGGUUUAUUUGUUUUUUUUUCUAUUUUGUUAAUUGGUUUGGCUAUUUGAAUUCUUUUUGUUUGAUUUUUGGUAGUUAGUUGUUAAUUCAGUUAGAAAAAAAAGGCAAUAGACAAUUUUGAAAUACCGCAGCAAGGCGCGGGAUCUGUAACUAGUUUAGCCCAGUUGCCCGGUUUCCUGUUCAUCACUGUUCACAAAGUGGAGUGACGCUUUUGCCCUUAUUUUUCUCUGAUUUACGGGAUGCCAUCGUUCUAUAAUCAAGUCAAAUACACGUAGAUUUCGUUCGUGGUGAUUUCAUUUUGCUGCGAGGGGAAAGAAGAUCUGUGUGGAAUCUGUCUGCAAGAUUGAGAUCGGUGGAGAGAAAGCGUUUUGUAUCGAAGUCUCUAGGUUCUAUGCAAAGGAGUAUCUGGGUUGUUUUUUUGGCACUGCUCCUGAUUCUGUUAUUUGGUGUUGGUUCAGCGUUCUGUUUUUAUCCAGAUAUUGGGAGUAGUGAGGUAUCUGAAUUUGAAAGUGUUUUGAAUUCAGUGAUGGCGCCGAAAAGUGUGCUAAGAGGAACAAAAAGGUUGUUAAAACAGUGUGCUACUGAAAGACAUGAAACUAGAGAGGCAAUUGAGCAGAGAAGGCCUAAAUCUAAUCGUGUUUCUCUUGGCGGAGAUCAGUGUGAUCAAGUUAAAUCAGAUAGAUGGAAAACAAUGUGUCACGCCGCACAAAUUCCUGAAGCAUCAAAUGAAUGUGAGAAUGUCAAUGGAUUUGAACACUCUGAGGAACUAUUUCGAGGUGACGAUCAAAAUAUUACAGAAGUUAUCCCUCAAGAAGCUGCUUGGACAGCAAUGGAUUACGCUGAAGGUCAUGAUAGUGAAAGCGAAAUGCAACAAAUGGAUAAUUGUGACAAUAUUACUGCAGUUAGUGAAUAUGGACAUCAUCAAGUUAGAUCAGAGAGAUGGAGAGAAUUGUGUAGGUUAAGAAUAACAAAUAAGAACCAGAUUUCAUCGACUUCUGAAUGUGGGAAUGCCAAUGCAACUGUGAACCAAAAUUUGCUUCUUCGUCAAAACUUGCAUGCUAAUAAUGGAGGUACAACUGAUGCAUUGCUGGAUUUGAAUGGAAAUGAUCACUCCCAAUUUCUGCAGACUCAUGAUAUGAGAGGUGAAUGCUCACAUUCAUUUGGUCAAGCAUCAUAUCAAAGAAGCAAGCAAGGAUUAAUCGUGAAAUACGAAGAUUCAAGUGAUAACACUUAUACAUGUGAUCAUUGCAAUGCAUCUUUUUGGUUUGGAGAAGCUCUUAAGAGAUCAUCUUCAAAUGCGCCUCUUAUUUAUACAAAUUGUUGUAAAAAAGGUGAAAUUGCAAUUCGACAAUCAAAACCAACACCAACUUUUCUUGAAACAUUAUUGAAUCCAAAUAAUGGUCCAGAAAGCAAGCUUUUUAGAGAAAAUAUCAGAGUCUAUAAUUCAAUGUUUUCUUUUACAUCAAUGGGAGCAACAAUUGAUCGUAAAAUAAACAUUGGAACAGGUCCUCAUGUUUUUAAAAUUAGUGGCCAAGUACACCAUUUAAUGGGUUCGUUAUUACAUUCUGAUGGAGAAUGUCCUAAAUAUGCUCAAUUAUACAUAUAUGAUACAAAAAAUGAAGUUUCGAAUCGUAUUAAUGCUAUUGACCCUACUCAUAUUAAUAAUAAUAUUAAAGCAGAUAUUGUUAGAGGACUCAUUAAAAUGUUUGAUGAAACCAAUGAAUUAGUGAAAGAAUUCCGAACAAUGAGAGAUAAAUUUGAAGAUGAAUCUUUAGUUUCAUUAAAUAUGACUAUACUCAAUCGUCAACCUACUGACAGUAAGCAAUAUGAAGAACCGACAACUGAAGAAAUUGGUGGCUUAAUAGUAGGUGAUAUUGGAAAACAUAAUUCAAAUAAGGAUAUUAUUAUUGAAUCAAACAAUGGACAUUUACAACGUAUCUCUAAAAUACAUCCAAAAUAUAUGUCAUUACAAUAUCCAAUACUUUUUCCGUAUGGUGAAGAUGGAUAUACACUAAAUUUGAUGUUUGCACAGUAG